AUGAUAUCUGACGAAGAAAUCAUCAGAGAGUUAAAUACAAUAAACCAAAUUUCAACUAAUCUUCAGCCACGAGCAGUUUACUUAGCUGGGUGCAUGAGAACAAAAACAUUUUUAGGAACGCAAGUCAUCUACACCUUUAUAAAUAGACUCUACGAAUCAGUCAAAGCAGGAGCUAUAUCUGCAGAAAACCAAUAUAAAAUAGAGUCCAAGCUUUAUCAGGGAAGCAUCGGUGAGGCAAAUGAAAUGCUGAAUUCUUUGCCUCUAGUCAAAAUCCCAAUUAAGCCUCCGCCAGAAGUUGUAAUUCCAAGUCCUAUGGAAAUUCCAAUUAUAAUCCCACGACCGCCAGCAAUAGUCAAGCCUCCUGCUCCAGUUAUAAGACUCCCUCCUGAGCCGAUUGAAAUCCCGAAAGGUCCAAAUUGCGGCUACUGCACAGGCAACAUACCUUUAGAAAAUAGGUGUUCCUUAAGGUCAUGCACUCACUAUUUUCAUCGAGUUUGCUUAAAUAGUUACUUUGAAAGCCAAAUAAAUGCUGAAAUUGUUGAUAUCCUCUGCCCUCAAGAUAAUUGCAAAAAAAGUAUUCAGCCAGCCGAUAUUCAAAAUCACGUAUCCAAUGAGUUAAUGAAAAUAUACAAUGACUAUGCCUUCAAAAAAAGGCUCUUAAAAGGAGAGUUCGGAAAUAUCAUAAAAUGCCCUAAUAAUCUCUGCUCUGAAAUUUUCGAACUAACUGAUGUUGACUCAAUGUGCCCAAAAUGCAAAUACUUAAUAUGUGGCCGCUGCAAGACACUGAAAAAUCUAUGCAGCUGCAACCCAAAGCCAAAAGCCAAACCUCCACAAAAUAAAUUGUGCAAACACUGCUAUAGAAUAAUAAGAUCAGUGCCAAAUUCUAAACUCCAUUAUUGUGAUAGAUGCAAUAUUUAUUAUUGUUCUAUUUGUGAAAGCAAAAGAAAUGAAUGCACUUGUGGAUUUGCAUCUGUAACCUAUCAAAAUUGUCCUGUUUGCCGUGAUUUCAUCCAGGUGAGGGAUGGACUUGAGAGAGUGCAUUGUCAGACUUGCAAUUAUGUAAUCUGUUUGAAAUGCCGCCAGAUGCUUAACAAUUGUCUAUGUCCAGGCUACUAUUUUCAAUAA